AUCUCUGGAAGUUGGAAAACCCCAAAACCCAAAAGGGAAAUGGAGUUUGCUAACAAAUUGGUGGGGCUAGCAAGCAGAGCAGCCAACAACAACGUGGUGAUCGAUGUGUGCUUGGUUACAUCAUUUGCGGUAUUAGGCAUUCGAUCUCUGAACCAGCAAAAUGUUAUUGAAUCCUUGGAAGCCGAGAAAGAUUCCUUGACCAAAUCUAACAAAGCCCUCAAAAAGGUUAUGUGGGAUUGGAAGCAGCAGCUCUUCGCCGAAGCGUCCUCCCCUUCUCCUCUUGUCCCUCUCGAUUCCCUCAAAGCUAUCUACGGCGAAUCCCCAACCCCUCCAACCGGAGAUGCUGCAAAAGGUGUAAAAUCACCACCAGCAAAGUUCGUUGUUUGAACUCUGAAUUGGAUUUUAGUAAUCUUUGCGAGGAAGCUAGAACUUUUGGGUAUUUGCGUAGUUGAGAGGUGAAUAUUUUCUUCUUUGAGAUCAAAUUUCUGAUAAUAAUACAGUUCUGUGAUCAACUGCAGUAAUUUUGUAGAAUCAAAUCAACCAAUCAACAGAUUUAGAGAAGAGUGGAAUUUUCCUGCCUUAGCCUCUUAAAAAUCGAAGCAAUAAAUGUUGUAGUAUUCAUAUAUACUGAAAGCUUGAAAGUACUGUCUUUGUCGUAAAGAAAUAAAGAGUCGAAGAGCUUGUGUUCUUGAUAAAGCAAACAAAUGAAGACUAAAGCAUCUAUAAAAAUUCCCAUGGGGAAGAUAAACUGUAGCAGGAAAAGACUUCAUGUCUUGUAAAGCAAAAGCAAGGAAGUAAAAAGAGAACAUGGGUUUAAAAGAGUAGAAUAGUAAACUAGGAGACCCAAGAGAGUUAGCAAGGUAAGGAGAACAAGAACAAGAAUCAGAGGUCUUUUGGGUUGGGGGUAUAACAUGAAGUAAAGUAAGCAAAUCACCCUUGUUAGCCACAUGAGUGAGUGCCCAAAUCAUUGCUUGCUUAGAAUGUGAGCUCUCUUCCUUAACACCAACCCAUUAUCAACCCCAUUGCCAUACAUGUUAGGCCCUUCCAUCUGAGUUUAAACUUGUCUCAAACCCACGACAACUGUUCCCACCAACGUUGUUAUACUUGCUGUCCCCUCCUCCCCACCUCCAAGAUUUUGAUUCCCAACCUUCAUGCCACUUAAUUGCCUCAAAAAAGACCCUAAA